AUGACUUCAACGCAGCCCGCUGCGGGCACUGCCGUUGCGCCCGUCAAACUCUCGACAGCGGAAGGAUUCGUGGCAGGCGCAUUGGCGGCCAUGACGGCCGUGACCGUCACGAAUCCGAUGGAGGUUUGCAAGACUCGCAUGCAGCUUCAGGGAGAACUCAUGUCGGCAGCGCCGCGCGUGCUCAGCGGCCAAGCUGGCUCGGCAGCACCCCAGACUGGCGCCCAGAAUGCCGUCGGCGCACGACUCUACAAGUCAUCACUGGACUGUUUCGCCAAGACGCUCAAGUCGGAAGGCAUCAAGGGAGUACAACGAGGUAUUGGCGCCGCCUACGUGUAUCAGGUGCUGCUCAACGGCAGUCGUCUCGGCUUCUACGAGCCAUUGCGCAAAGCGAUCAACCGUGCAGCAGGCAAGCGACCGGAGGAGCAGUGGGCAGCGGGUGCCUUCGCGGCAGGUGCAUCGAGCGGAUGUGUAGGUGCCAUCCUCGGCAAUCCGCUCUUCCUCAUCAAGGCACGAAUCCAGGCAUACAGUCCGCACUUUGUCAUCGGCAAGGCGUCGCACAACUACAAGAGCACCAUCGAUGGUCUGGUCAAGAUCGUCCGGAGCGAAGGAGCUCGCGGUCUGGUGCGGGGUAUGGACGCUGCCGUGUUGCGGACGGCAAUGGGAAGCACAGUACAGCUGCCAGCGUAUACAUGGUUCAAGAGCUACUUGACCAACAUGGACGUCGAUGCCAACCCGUACAAUCCGCUUAAGUUCCUCGCCAACAAACCCAACUCCUUCUUCACCUAUUUUGCAUCAUCCAUCUUCAGCGGCCUCUGCGUAUGCGCCGUGAUGCAGCCAGCGGACACGGCCCUGACCCGCAUGUACAACCAGCCGGUCCGAAUCGACGAGCGCGGCCGUAGCGUCGGAACGCUGUACCGCAACCCCUUCCACUGCCUCUACCUCACCGCCAAAUCAGAGGGCGUAUUGGGCUGGUACAAGGGUACCACAGCGCAUCUCUUCCGUAUCGCACCGCACACCGUGUUGACGUUGGUGGUCAACGAGGCGUAUUUGCGGUGGUACACCAACUUCAAAGCCGGUCGCUCCUUGUUGGAUGCUCCUCCGGCUGUCAAGAGUACGUAA